AAAAUCGGGAGAGAGAGAGAGAGAGAGUGGAUGAAGAAUACGUGGUGCACAAUAAUAAAGGAGAAUAAUCCAAUCUCCCAGCACUCCCAUUGACCUUUACCUUCCGAUUUCUCAAUUCUGCUUCGUCUCGAUCAGAUCAGAUCUGACCAUGACUCGCGGCAACCAGAGAGAGCGCGAUCGCGAGCGGGCUCAGGCUCGCACCGGCAAGGGUGCCAAGGGCAAAGACGAUGGUUUGACCCCUGAACAGCGUCGUGAGAGGGACGCAAAGGCGCUGCAAGAGAAGACCGCGAAGAAAGCGGCACAGUCGGGUUCGGGAGCGGACGCCUCCGGUGGAGGUAAAAGCAAUACCAAGAAAUAGAAAAAUUAUAGUAUUUCCGUGGAGGUGUAAUCUGCUGUUGGUUCUGUCUAGGUUUAUGUGGGUCGAUCUUCUGUGGUUUCAUGCUAUGAAUUAUUGAUGUUUGAAAAACAUAAUUAUUGUGGAUAUGUUUAAAAAUCUUAUUGUUGGCUUGUGUUUUAACCGGUAAUGAGAGAAGAUUAGAAAUAUUUUGAA